CAAGUGAGCGAUGCUAGUUUCCAAGUAACUGAGCACCGACUGCUGAUUGCUGAUUGCUGAGCAUUCUUCGGGUGGAAAGGAUCACUUAAAAAGGGUGAUACAACAAGGCACAUUGUGAGAUGGCAUUGAUCUUCACCUCCAUUCUUGCUGACCUCUCCCUGGGCGUGGCAGCAUGCGUCGCUCUGCUGUACUUCUACAUGACACGUAACUACAAUUGUUGGAAGGAGAGGGGCAUCCCCUACGUGAAGCCGGCCCCGUUCGUCGGGAACAUGUGGCCCGUGUUCAUGCAGAGGCACAGCAUCGGCUCUUACGUGCGCCAUGUGUACGAGGAGGGACUGGGCGAGCCUUGCGUCGGGAUAUUCGCCCUGGACAAGCCCAUCCUCGUGAUCCGCGACCUAGACCUCGUGCGAUGCAUACUGGUGAAGGACGCCCAAGUCUUCCUGGACAGGACCUUCGCCCCACAGGAAGAACAGGAUCCCUUGCUCGCCAAGAGCCUGUUCGGAAUUAAGGGCAAGAAGUGGAGGCACCUUAGGGUCAAGCUCUCGCCAACCUUCACCUCCGGAAAGAUGAGGAAGAUGUUCUACUUGGUCGACGAAUGCGGGCGCCAGCUGCUGGAGUUAAUCAAUCAGGAGACAUCGACAGGCAGGCCGGUGGCGGUGAAGGAGACGAUGGCCAGGUACUCGACCGACGUGAUCGCCGCGUGCGCCUUCGGCGUGGACGCGAACGCCCUGAAGGACGGCCAGUGCGAGUUCCGCUCCGUCAUGCGGCGCGUGUUCGAGCAGACCUCGCUCCAGCGGCUGGCCUCCAGCCUGGCCUUCCUCGCGCCCUCCGUGUCGAGCGCCCUCAAGUUGCGAACUGCCGACCACAGCGUCACGGAAUUCACGCGCAGGACGCUGUGGGAUGUGGUCGACCACCGCAGGAGGAACGGCGUGGUGCGCAAGGACUUCGUGGACCUGCUGAUGCAGAUCAAGGAUGGGAACGAGAUCCGUGCGGAGGACGGCAAGGACGUGGAGGAGAUAAAGGAGGACAACGACCUCACGAACAUCGGGUACAAGAACAAAACCGAAGAGGAACAUAUGAAACUAGAUGGCGAUGACUUUGUAGCUCAAGCCUUCGUGUUUCUCCUCGCUGGUUUUGAAACCUCUUCAACUGUGCUGAACUUCACGCUAUACGAGCUUGCUUUGAACCCGCACAUCCAGGACAGACUGCGACAGGAGAUCGUCUCUGUGCUGGACAAGUAUGAGGGCAAGGUGUCGUACGACUGUUUCAAGGAGAUGAGUUACCUGGACAUGGUGAUAGCAGAAUCUACGAGAAAGUACCCAACACUUCCCUUCUUGGAACGGAAGUGCUCGACUGAUUACAAGAUUUCUCACACCAACUUCACCAUUCCCAAGGAUACCACCGUGAUGAUUCCAGUGUGGGCCAUUCACAAUGACCCCAAUCUGUACCCGUUCCCAGACAGGUUUGAACCUGAAAGAUUCACUUCUGAGAACAAGAAAGAACGUCAUCAUUUUGCUCAUCUGCCUUUCGGAGAAGGCCCGAGAAUAUGCAUAGGCAUGCGGUUCGGCCAGAUGCAAGUGAAGACCGCCCUGGUCCACGUGCUGUCCAGCUUCCAAGUGAGGCCUUGCUCGACCACGCCCAAGCCACCGCUGGUCAUGAAGACCUUCGGCGGCACCCUCACUCCCAGGGACGACAUACCACUCACGUUCACCCGGAUCGUCAGCUGAAGACUUUCGGUUGCACAAAAUAAGAUAACAGUCAUUAAAAUGUUAAUUUAAAAAAAAA